AUGGCCGACAAGACCACUACCCAGAUCGUGGAGGACAAAGUUGAGCAGGUCGCGGACAGGCUUGCAGACGAGAACGUAGACUCGACCGACUCCAAUAUCCGUUACUUGGCCUACGGUGCCCGUUUAAGGACAGCCUUGCUCGCGGGCCAGAGAUACAUUGCUUAUACCAGUGACAUUGGCGAGGCAUUCCGGCCCGUGGUCAAUCCAAGACUGGUCACAGCAGCAUACGGAAUCUCAUGGUUAUAUCUGGCUGGUGAUGUGGGCUAUGAAGCCUUCAAAGCCCACCGGCGAGGUCCAACCCCUCUGGAGGCUGCUCACAUGUCCGAGCCCACCCGACUCGGUAUGGUAGUGGCCAAGCGAUCUAUAUUCCAAUCCGUGGCAUCCAUGGCACUUCCUGCUUUCACAAUACACACUAUCGUUAACCAAGCCAAGAAGGCUUUCGUGAAUGUCAAGAACCCAAAGGUGAAGGCCUGGGGCCCAACCUUGACCGGCCUGGCUGUCGUACCCGUCUUACCCUACCUCUUUGACCACCCCGUGGAGACCGCGACAGACCGCGCCUUCGAAUGGAUCGAGAAGAAACUCAUAGAGCGUCAAGAGAGCACGAAGACCAAGAAGGAAUUAUAG